AUCCUAUCACGUGACUUCAAUCACUUGAUGUUUAACUUUACAUCAUAUUUUAUAAGGUGUUGCUAGAUGGAUUGUUUUGUCCCUUAGGGAAUUAAGAAAUAAUUCGGAUAAAAACUACAAAAUCUUUGACAGAAGGUGAAGAUCAAGGAAGUGUUUCUCUGAUUGGCAGACAUCUGCAAAGUCGGGAAAGAUGGCGACGAACGCCAUGUCAUUGUACAUGGUACUGAUGUUAUCAAUAUGGGACCAAAUUUCUGCACAGGGAGUUUGUUUGGACGAGCGGAUGGAUUUAGUAAUUAUAGUAGAUUCCUCAAGUACUUUAGGAGAGGAAAACUUUGAACUUGUGCUUGGUCUUGCUGAGACAAUAGUAGACGAUAUUGAUAUCGAUUCAGGGAAUGUUCACGUUGGUUUUAUGACUUUUGGUACUUCGUCAGAAAUACGGUUUGAGCUUAAUGAAUAUGAUACUAAGGUUAGCGUCAUUGAUGCUAUAUAUAGCGUUGAGUAUAGUGGUGGCGGCUCAAAUACUGCUGACGCUUUAUCAGCGGCAAGAAGUAAAGUAUUUAGCACAAGAGCAGACAGACCAGAUGCGCAAAACGUUAUUAUCUUGAUAACUGACGGAUAUUCAGAUAUCAAUGCGGAUCGUACUGAACGAGAAGCAGAACUUGCACGCCAAAAUGGCAUAAAAAUAUAUGCUGUUGGAGUUGGAUUACAAGAUACCAGUGAACUCGACUUGAUUGCGUCACAACCUCUUGAUAUAUUCAGGCAUACGGCAGAAGAUUGGUAUGAACCAGUUGAAUUGAAGACCCGGAUGUUCCCAGCCGCUCGUUGUGACGGUGAACUCCCUCCUCUAGUUGAAGAAACAAAUCUUGAUCGCCCGUUAAUAUUAGAUAGUGACGAACAAGAUUUGGUUUUCCUUCUUCAUUUUUCCAAUGAUAUGUACCAGGCAGAAUUUAAGAAAAUAUUGAACUUUAUGACGUCACUCAUAGAAAGGGCAGAUAUCGAUUCUGGAUUAGUGCGUGUUGGAGCCGCACUAUAUCGUGAAUCCGGCGUAGUAAUAUUUGACUUAAAAGCAUAUCGUACAAAGAAGGAGGUUGUUGAAGCAAUUGAAAAAAUUCCUUUUAAUUUUAAAUCGAACCGAGCCAAUCUUGGGGCUGGAAUAAAUGUUGUCAGGGAUCAGAUGUUAGCGGAUUCAGCAGGCGAUAGACAAGACAUUCCGAAUGGAGUUGUAGUUAUUACUGAUUCCAAUUCCAAUAUAAACGUUGAUGGCAUUGAUGAAUCAAGUAACGAAUUGAAAGAUGCUGGAGCUACUAUUUUUACAAUUGGGAUUGGCCUCGAAAAUCCGAACGAGAUUGUUUCUGUCGCUUCUAAUCAGGAAUUCAGUUACAUUUUAAAUGACGUAGCUCAACUUCCAGCGUUGACAACUAGAUUGCAAGACCGGGUUCCAUCUUUAAGUAAAUUGGACUUAAGACCCGUUCUUGAAGAAACCAUUGAUUCCUUAGGUUUCACAACAGGAUCUAAAUUGAAAAGUAGCGAGAGUGCGGAUGUCGUCAUUCUGUUCCACGCUGGACACAAACUUAAAUCCAAGGAAUUUAAUAAAGGACUGAAGUUGUUUAUUUCGAGACUUUUCGAAAAAGCCCAAGUAGAUUCAGGUUCUGCGAGGGGAGCUGUUAUAAAUUAUGGUGCAGCAGUAAAGGAGGUUUUUGGAUUGAAUAAAUACAAUAAGAAAUCACUAUUGAGAAAAGCUAUUCAAAAAUGGAAACCAAAGCCUUUCAGGAAUAGUAAAGCUGAUUUAACAGCUGCCCUUCGGCUACUUAGAACAAAGACUUUAUCGAAAACAGGUGGCGCUAGAAUGUCUGAAGGGGUUCCGACAGCUGUCGUCAUAGUAACCGAUAUGGGUAGCACGUCUGAUUCGAAUGCCGCUUCACAGGAAAUAAAUAAUCUAAAAAAUAUGGGAGUUACGAUAUUCACUGUCGGUGUCGCAAAAGCCAACAAUAAUGAAUUAUUGUCGAUGGUCAGCCAACCACGAGAUACUUAUCAUCAAAGUGCAAAAUCUUACUUUGAUUUAGUAAAAGGAGAUUCUCAUGUUCAUAAGAUUACAAAUGAGAUUCGAGCAUUACAGAAGAAAUCUGCCCGACCACCCGCAACACGUGCACCAGUGACAACACGUGCCCCUGUUAUUAUCCGUUCUACAACAGCUGCAUUGAACGUAGAUCAUACAAAACAUCUUAUAAUCGUUUUUCAAUCAUCAAGUUCAACAUCACCAAAAGAUUUUAAGACUCUUGUCAAAUUUUUACACUCAUUAACCACUUAUACUGGUAUUUCAAGAGACACAGACUUGUCUGUUGUUAGUUUCGGUAAAUUUUCCCAGAUUCUUGUCAAAUCCACCGAUAUAACCACGGCUGGCAAUUCUAUUUUGACUCUUGAUAAAAAGUUACGAAGCAAGAUGGCCGACUUGGGUGGUGCAUUCUUGACGAUUUUGAAAUAUGUUCUUAAGAAAGGAUCACAUUUCCAAAAUACACAUAUCAUUAUUAUAAUGGAUAAAACUGUCGACAAAAAAGGUGUUGAUUAUACUAUAACAGCGAAAAAAUUGCGAGAGAAAGGUGUCGUCAUUCAUGGGAUAUCUGUUACUGACAAACCGCACCCUGAUUUGGAACAGGUGGUAACUUAUUCAGAUUCAAAGGCUUUUCUACAUACGGUAAAAUCGUAUGCUGAGUUGGAGAAGGGACCCAUAUUGCAAAGCGUAGUAUUGGAUCUACAAUACGUCCAUCCUACAACAAAGCAGCCACCAGUGACCAUAGCACAAUCGACUCAAAAUAUUACUUUGAAAGACAAGAAAUACGCUGAUGUUGUUGUUGCCUUCCACGCAUCAACUUCGGUGACGAAAAAGGUCUUCAAAAAGAGGCUGUUAAAAUUUAUUUUAAAUUUAGUGAAAAAGUCAUCAACUGAGAAUGGUAAAGUGAGAAUUGGGCUAACUAGUUUCGGAACUAAAUUUCAGAUCGUAUUUGAUUUGGGACAGUACGUAAAAAUUAAAGAUAUAAAGAGAGCGGUAAAGAAGACCCCCAAAAAAUAUAAAUCUAACGAUGUUGACCUUGCCUCGGCCUUAGCGAAUAUUAGAACCAAGAUGUUUGCUCAUCAAAAAGACAGGGUGGAUGUACGAAAUUAUUUAAUAAUUAUUUCUGACAAACCCAAUGAGGGUGAUAUUCAAAGUGUUAUUCACCAGCGGAAGUUGAUGUCAGAUUUUAUUAUUCACGGAAUAUCAAUAGGAAAAGAAGAUAAACAAUUACAAAAUAUUGUAAAUGACCCUAAAAAGAAAUUCUAUCAAGUGUUUUCUGGAUUAGAGGAUUUGGCAAAAUUUAAAAAAGCAGGCAAAAUGACUUUGAAAAAUAUUCCAGCACUAAAAAGUGGUAAGAAAAGAAAAGGCAAAAAGAAAAGGAAAGGCAAAAAGAAAAGGAAGGGCAAAAAGAAGAAGAAAGACAAAAAAGAUAAGAAAGCUAAACCUACAAAACCUACAAAGAAAACUGUCACUUCAUCAACACCAUUGAAAGAAUCAUCUUCAGCUAAAAUGAGGCUGAGUCUGUCCUCAACAACAGCACCCAGAACAACUGCCUCAUCUAUAACAUAUAAAAAAGCCUCAACUACUUUUCAAACGAUGAAUGUUCAGCCAAAAUCUACUAUUCAGAAAACAGAAGAAAUAACAUCUUUUGACACUACUAGGAGAUCAAUAAAACAAAAGCCAACAACACCGGUGAUUUUCCUUACAGACGAACGAAGCACAGUAAAACUUCCUCUGAAAUCAACUGUUAACAACGCAACGUAUACCAGGAAAACCACAUAUCCAUGGCAUACAAUCAAACCAAAUAUGACAGAAUUGGCUAUUACACAAACAACGAAUGUUAUUUCAAUAUAUCCAACUGAUAAGCCUGUAUCCGAAUCAUCUAAGGACACAACCUUAUAUUCUGUUUCUUACAAAGAUAAGAAUACAACAACCAAACAUUAUCAACCAACAACAAAAUUGGCAACCGUCGACGAAGAACUAAAACUAACGACGGAUUAUUCUACCGAUGAUCGGUCUUCUGCCAAAUAUUUAUCAAAAGAAACCAUGGGGCCAUCAACGGAAUAUUUUUUAAAUGCAAUCACAGAACCAUCUAAAAAGAAUUUACCAAAAGCAGCAAAAACACCCUCUAUAAAAUAUACGCCUAAAGCGACAACACAGGCGUCUUCAAAAUAUUUACCAAAAAUAACUACCAAGCUCUCUACAAAAUAUUUACCCAUAACGACCACAAAGCCUUCUUUAGAAUAUGAACCAGAGGUAACCAAGAAGUCUUUAACAACAUAUCAACCCACAACAGCAAUGGAAAAGACUCAUUUUUUUUCUGUGAAAGGCACUCAAGAUCGGUCUACAACGCCGCCAAGGAUAUUGAAUGAAAUUCCUACGGAUAUUCUUCCAGACCCAGUGAGCGUUUCACUUAAUCCAAUUCAGACAAAAGACACACUCGGAACAUCUUUGAAAAGUGAGCAACUUUCAACUUUAAAUUAUUCAUCUGUAAAUGGACUAGUUACCCAAGCAUCGACACAAUCGGCAAUGCCCAAGCAUCCACAGACCUAUUUCGAUAAAACAUAUGACACAAAACGAAUUUCUAAAUCUACAGUUGCAGAAAAGAAGCAUACAACUCAACAUCCGAGGCCUAUAUCCUCGAUCGAGAACGAAAUACCUACAGAUGUUGUAACAUAUAAAACAACUAAAUCUACAGGGGUAGAAAGGAAAUCUACAACUAUACAUCAUAGGUCCACAUCCUGGAUUGAGAACGAAAAACCAACAGAUAUUGUAAAAUAUAAAAUCGACAAACGAAAUGAAUUUACAACUUUAAAGCCGUUCGAUCCACUCAAAAAAGGUGAACUCAAAACAGGCGAGAUAGGUACCAGAGGACCCGCAACGCAACCUCCUAAAAAGUACACACCACCUCUUCGUGAUAGCGAUAAAGCAGAUAUGGUCCUCGCCUUCCAUGUAUCAUCAUCAACGUCUAGAAACGAUUUCCAAAGAAUGCUUACCUUUGUAAAAGAUCUGGUUUCCAGAGCCGAUUUUGAUGGUGGAAGAGCUCGGUUAGGUGUUAUGGCGUAUGGAGAAAAUCCGUCUGUUCAAUUUAAUCUGAAUGAGCAUACAACAUGGAGGGAUGUUUCAAACGCUAUCUCCAGCAUCAAUGACAAUGUUAGGAGCAAUAUUGUUGACACAUCCGGGGCACUUAUUGAGGCUCUUAUUAUGUUUGAUGUUCAGUAUGCAAGAGCUGACGUUCCAAAAGCUGUUUUCCUUAUCACAGACUCUGCAUCAACAGUCAACUCUGAUUUCCUCUCUGACCAAACGAUGGUCAUGCAAAGUGAAGGUAUUGAAGUUUUCCCGAUCGGGAUUGGAGUUCGGGAUAAAUCCGAAUUGGAAACCAUUGCUACCAAUCCGAGAAAUGUUCACACAGUUUCACGUUACUCCGAUUUGUCAACGCUAGCGAAUUUAUUAAGAAGAGAUAUUCGAUCAUUAAAUGUACACGGUGAACGUCAGACAGUGCCUACCAUCCCCAUUGGAUUCCCUGGAGUUUCACCAGUGACACCUGUCGGACCAGUAUUUCAAAGAACAACUGCUCCUCCGAUAGCAAUUACAUUCCCACCACCAAAAACAGGUUCAUUGAUAGAUGGAGAGUUAGGAUGCUCUGCUGAAGUUGAUCUCGUAAUCAUCCUGGAUUCUUCUACAAGUGUCGGGGACGAUAAUUUUGAAAAAAUGAAAAACUUUGUAAAAGAACUGCUCCGAAAUGCCGACAUUGAUAAUGACCGUGCUAGAGUUGGUAUAGUGACUUAUAGCACGCGAGUAAAUGUAGAAUUCCAACUGAAUACGUAUAAAACAAGCGCAGACGUUGAUAAAGCUGUUGGUGAUAUUAAAUAUACGUAUGGUAGCACCAAUACAGCAGACGCCAUUGCCAAAAUGAGAGAAAUGUUUUCUCAAAGAAAUGGCGACAGACCAGGAGUUCCAAACGUCGGAAUAAUAAUCACUGAUGGUGUAUCUAACAUAAACUCCCGUCGUACCAUACCAGAGGCAGUAGCUGCAAGGGAUCGAGACAAUAUCCAUGUAUACGCCAUAGGUAUUGGUCUAGCUGAUACGAGGGAGUUAGAUAGAAUGGCUUCCUUACCGAUUGACGAAAACAGGUUUACAGUUCAGUCAUUUGAUGAACUGAGGGGAUUCGACAGAAAAAUAUUUCAAGCUAUUUGCAAGGUGGUACCAACUCAACCUCCCGUUCCAGUCAAAGUUCCUGUAACUCUACCUCCUUCAACAUCAAAUUGUGCUGGUGCUAAAAUUGAUCUGGUUAUUAUACUGGACUCAUCAACAAGUGUCGGAGAUGCCAAUUAUAAAAAAAUGCUGAAAUUUUGUAAAGAUUUUCUAACCAAUGCAGACAUAGAUUCAGGAAAUGUCAAAGUCGGUAUAUUAUCGUACAGCACAGGAGUUAAUGUUGAGUUUCAUCUCAAUAGUCAUUCGACCAAACAAGACAUAUUUAAUGCCAUUGACAAUAUUCCGUAUAGAUAUGGAAGCACAAAUACAGCUGAUGGGUUGAAAACAAUGCGUACAAAUCUAUACACCUCAGGGAAUGGUGACAGAGACAAUGUCCCUAAUGUGGUGAUCAUAUUGACUGAUGGUGUGUCCAAUAUCAAUUCAAGAAGAACCAUUCCAGAAGCAGUACUAGCGCGAGAUGACGGCAUUCAUAUUUAUGCCGUUGGUAUUGGUUUACGGGAUACAAGAGAAUUGGAUGCCAUUGCUACACCCCCUGCAUCAGAAAACAGUUUUAAUGUACAAAGUUUUGAUGAAUUAACAGCUUUAAGUGAUAGAGUUUUCCAAGCUUUCUGUCCAGUGGCAACAACACAUGAGCCUGUUAAAGAACUGCAUGGUUAUGACAUUGUAAUUAUAGUCGAUUCAUCAGUUGACACAACACAGUUUGCAUCCUUCCAGAAGUUUGCACGUAGAUUUGUUAGACAGGCUAGAAUAGAAGACGGGGAAUACAGAGUAGGUCUGUUACGGUAUAGUACAGAUGCUGACAUUCAAUUUGAUUUGAAUUCGUAUGACACAACAAGAGAUGCUAGAUUUAAAGUGGACUCCAUGACACACAAAGCUGGUGAGCCCAACACCGCAAAUGCAAUAGAUGUUGCCACAAGACAGAUGUUCCGAACAGAUAAAGGGGAUCGUGCAUAUGCAAGAAAUUAUAUAAUUUUAUUGACUGGCCAGGAUCGUAGUCUGAGUACAAAUGAGGCCUGGGCUGCAGCAGAGCGAGCCGAGGAUGAUGGGAUACAGUUGUAUGUUGUAGGAUUAGAAAUAGAUGACACAACAGAGUUAGAUGAGACGCCAUCACACCCGCUGUCUACUUAUCAAUAUCUAACAAGAACAGAAAGAGAGAUACUUGAAGUUCCUGAUAAAAUUAGAGAAACAUUGCCUCCAAUGCCAAAAACUCCUCCACCUAUGAGACCAAGGCCAAGAUUAUCUGCACCCAUUCCUAUUACAUUACCAACAACACCUGCCGAAAGAGAAAUUCUGAUAUGA